AUUUAAGUUCCUCCAUGUCACAUGACUCUGAUCGUGAAAAAUCUUCACAGUUUUUAAGAUUACAUGCUAAUUUAGAUGUAUUAACUUGCAGUUGCUUUGAUAAGAUGCAAGAUGUUAAUCUUAUGCUCUCAGAACUAACCUCAUAA